ACUCCAUCAAGAAACUUCAAACUGCCAAACAAAGCAUUUCUUUCAAAUUUCAAUCACCAAAAACACUCCCAAAGUCUUUUCACUUCUUGCUUCAUAUUCCAAUGGAUGUCUACAUAUCUGAAGAGUAUGUCAACCGCAGGAGAAUGGAGAAAAGAGCUGCAGCUGUUGCCGGAAAGAAUCUGAGGUUCGGCUUUUGUGCAUGCGAUAGACUGGAAAAGAGAAAAAACAUUCCUCAGAUACCAGAACCAGCUGGACCGGAGAAUGAGUUUCGGGUCACCCGCGGUGGUGUUUAUGAGAGUUGUGUUUUCCAAUGCUUCUCGCCGUAAUAACCAGAGCGUUCGCGUUUAGUGAUUCAAACGUAGACGCAGUUGCAUAUGCAUGGGCUGUUAUAUUAGCUGUAGCUCUUGUAUUUGUAUCUCUUGGUUUUUAACUUUUUAUGCUACUAAUAGUGUAUUUAUAGCGGGGGUUUUAAUAACUACGAGUGUGUUUAUCCAUAAACUACAACAAUGUAUAAUUAAUAGAUUCUAGAUAACUAAAUAAGAUAUGUCAAUUAGUAGUGUGAUAAAAAUAUUGAACGACAUCAAUUGAAAAGAUAGUAGAUAAAGAACAAUCAGACUUUUGGAAUAAAAAAAAAAAGCUCUUAAUUACUCUGAUCACUUAAUCAAUAAGACAAAGUGUUAAAACGAAACUAUACAGCUGGUCGCAUUCUUAGAGUCAAAAGUUCAACAGAUCGAGCAAUGCAAAAAUUAUGUAAUCUGACUCGGUUAUGCGGUUAUUACGGAAAGCCCUUCUACAAAAUCGAUUUAACUUUGGGUUAAGCUUGGUCACUCCUGACCGGUUAUAUGCGUCCGGUUAGAGCGAGCGAUUCUUGAAUUAUCGAUGUGGGUCAUUGAAAACCAAAUAGAGUGAUGAAAUCAAGCUCUGUUCUUGUAGCCGGGCUUCCGAGUUGUAGCCGGGCUUCCUAGUUGUAGCCCAAGUACUCUAUCGAAAGUUAGCCCAUGAUUGCUUUUGACGAGUAGACUACAAAUGCAUACGUACGUCGGUUGGUUUUGUUUGUUAGUCUUUUAAUUCUGUGCAGGAAAAAUAAUGUAUACUUAUGACAAAAAGCUACUUAACUGAUCCCAAGUGUAUCAAUAAAUCAGUUUUAGGUUAUCCUUAGAAUCGCCUAAGAUAAGUAUGAAAUACGUGGAUGUAUGUGAUUGAUUUGGACCGUAUACAUUAAUGUAUAUACAAUAUAAUCAUAUUUAAAAAAUAUAAUCAUAUAUACUACACUUUUCUUUCUAUAUACAGUUUCAGUUUAGUAAGAAAAAUCUAUAUCGAACAUUUCCAAAUUCAUAUACGUCUAUAGAUCUGUUUCAUAUUAUUUAGUUUUAAAUCCAUCACCACAGAACAAAACUCUCAUCUCUAUUCUCGAAACACGAAAUUAUUGUUAUUAAACUGAUAAAAUACUGCUAAAAGAUAAGAAAAGACUUUCAAAAUGAAUAAAUUCUUAUCAUGGUGCAAACAAGUUGUAUAUUAGCCAACAAAAAAAUAAAACGAACAACUUCAAAUUUUAAAAUUAUUAAAAGUAACAAAUGAGAAGAAGAGCUCUAGAGAUAGGCAUAUUCGCUGAAAUGCUAUAAAAGGAGCAAAUUGUGUGAGAAAAUGAAAAGAGUAACAAGAGAGAAGAUAGGUUUUACAUGAAGAAGAGAGUCUGAUAUAUAGUAGCCAAGGAUGACUUGCCUGCGCUUAAUUCAUCUCAAUGAUUCAAUCGUCUGGGUUUU